AUGACUGUCGCCGCGUCCACAACCACAACCAAUCUACUGGGACCUGAUUCGUCUAACCCAUCGAAAAGAUGGGGGCUUGCCAUCUAUCGAUGCGAUUACUCCGAUGAUGUCCUGUGGAAGAGCUACAUGUAUCAUUUUAAGCAUGCGGUAAAGGCUGAGCUGAAAGACAUUGGUGCUCACUGGAGUAUCUGGGGUCGACUGCACUGGACGAUUAUCGAGGACCACAAAUGCCUGCACAGCGCUUCCAAGCAGGAUGUACAGGAGCUGUUUGCGUCCUUGAACAAACAGGAUCUAACCAUCCAGAUGCCGGCUCCUCCUAACGAUGCAUGGCGGUGCAAACAAGAAUACGAUUCUUGCAUUUAUGUCGAUAAGUGGUGUCUCGACACACUCGAUUUGCACGAAGCGUGGCUCGAUAGAGGGGCACCCGGUCCAUUUCUACCCGUUGUCUGCGCUGUCCUCAACAAUAGACACACCCCGGAUAAUGAAGUGGGACUCGAAGGACAACCGAUGGAUGCCAGCCAUAUGCCUUAUACGGGGUGGGUUUGGACGCAUGUCGGCUGCAUUUCCAAGUUGUGUCCCAUGCGUCACUUCAUUUCUGGAUAUUAG